GGGCCAAGAGGCCGCGCUCGCCUUCCAGGUGUGGUCGGUGCUUCCGUCCCUGACGCUUUGCCCAGAGGCCCGCCCCGCCCGGGCUUCGUACGCACUGCCGGCCUUGCCCAGCCCGUGUCCGGAAACCCUCGGGCCGUGUCCAUUCCUGAAUAAAGGGGGCGGGUCAGGCCCCGCAGGUGCGCGGCCCUCGGAGCCCUCCUAGGCUUCGACGCUCUGGCCGCGGCCGGAACCCCAGGCUCGCGGCCCCGGUUUCCGGCCGGCGGAAUCUCUCGGCGCCCCUGCCACGCGGAAGCGGGAGCGCAGGGACGGGACCGGGCGGACCGGAGAUGGCGCCGCCUGCGGGCGGGACGGCGGCGGCCUCGGACCCGGGCCCGGCCGCGGUGCUCCUGGCCGUGCAUGCCGCGGUGAGGCCUCUGGGCGCCGGGCCGGACGCCGAGGCGCAGCUGCGGAGACUGCAGCUGAGCGCGGACCCCGAGCGGCCCGAGCGCUUCCGGCUGGAGCUGCUGGGCGCGGGGCCCGGGGCGGUCAGUUUGGAGUGGCCCUUGGAGGCAGUUUCCUACGUCGUCCGAGGCCCCAGCCAUCAUGAGCUGCAUCCUCCACCAGGAGGGCCCGGAACCCUCAGCCUGCACUUCCUCAACCCUCAGGAAGCUCAGCGGUGGGCAGCCCUGGUCCGAGGUGCCACCGUGGAGGGACAGAAUGGCAGUGGCAACCCACCCCCAGCCCUGGGCCCAGAAACAUGCCCUGUUUCCCUGCCCAGUCUCCCUGAAGCCCCCGUACCCAAGGCUCCCCAGCCUCAAGUGGAUCUUCCCCGGAGUCCUGGAGACUUGAUGGAGAAGGAAGAGCUGGCAGGGCGCCUGGCCCGGGCCAUUGCGGAUGGGGACGAGAAGGGGGCAGCCCAAGCAGCAGCCAUCCUGGCUCAGCAUCACACAGCCCUCAGUGUCUGCCUCCAGGAGGCCUGCUUCCCACCUGGUCCUAUCAGGCUGCAUGUCACAGUUGAAGAUGCCGCAUCUGCUGCCUCCGCUGCAUGCUCUGCCCACGUCACACUGCUGGUCUACCCCCACUGCACCAUCGCAGCCCUCCAGGAGCAGGUGUUCUCGGAGUUUGGAUUCCCUCCAGUUGUGCAGCGCUGGGUCAUUGGGCGGUGCCUGUGUGUCCCUGAGCGUAGCCUUGCGUCCUACGGGGUCCAGCAAGAUGGGGACCCUGCUUUCCUUUACCUGCUCUCAGUCCCUCGGGAAGCUGCAGGACGCAGCUCUCAGCACCUCCAGAAGAUGGAUGGGGAACUAGGACGCUUACUUCCCUCGUCAUUGGGGCCACCCCGAGACCCCCAGCCAGCCAGCUCCAGCCUCCCCAGCCCCCUGCAGCCCGGCUGGCCCUGUCCUUCCUGUACCUUCAUCAAUGCCCCAAGUCGCCCUGGCUGUGAGAUGUGUAGCACCCAGAGGCCCUGUGCUUGGGACUCCCUUCCUGCAGCUUCCACCUAGAAGCCACCAGAGGUUACAAGGAGAGAACAUGGUCCUUCCCUCCCAGCCCAAAGUCCUGGAUCCUAACUGAACCUCAGGGAGCCUCUGCUGACUGUCUGCUGAGGACAGAGCCACCAGGGUUGAGAGGGAGGGGCCACGAGCCAGUCAUUAAAGGCAUUUAUGAGCCA